AUGGUUCCUGUGCGUCUUGUUGACGGGGCUUCGCCCAAUGGAGGGCGAGUCGAGGUGAACUACCAAGGAUCAUGGGGUACAAUCUGUGAUGACUCUUGGGAUAUCAAAGAUGCUACCGUUGUUUGUCGAAUGCUAGGUUAUCCUGGAGUCUCUUCUGCAUUGAUGCGCUUCGGAGAAGCCACAGGAGAUAUCAUCCUCGACGACGUCGGAUGUGACGGGUCAGAAACGCACAUCGCACAUUGCUACCAUAGCGGCUAUGAGAACCAUAACUGCGAACAUUCUGGAGACGUUGGUAUUAUAUGCAGCGGAGAAGCUGAACUUAAGGUUCGCCUCGUAGACGGUCCGGAUGAGGGUCAAGGUCGUGUUGAGUUGUUCUACUUCGGGUCAUGGGGUACUGUCUGCUAUCACGGUUGGACCUCAUCGGACUCGGACGUGGUCUGCAGAAUGUUAGGAUUCUUGAGGGCUGUUGCACAUACAACCUACCCGUCAUUAUACGGACAUGACCUUCAGGUUCGUUUGGUCGGCGGAAGAUCUGACAAAGAAGGCCGUGUCGAGGUUCUAUACCUUGGUACUUGGGGGACAGUGUGUGAUGACAACUGGGACCUAAGUGAUGCAAACGUGGUUUGCAGAAUGCUCGGCUACGAACGAGCAGAGAACUUCUCCUGCUGCGCUGCCUUUGGACCAGGACCUGGACCUAUUGUCCUUGAUGAAGUGGAAUGCGAGGGUACAGAAGCAAACAUAGGCCAUUGUCGAAGAAGUGACUACGAAACCCAUGACUGCGAUCACUCGGAGGAUGUUGGUGUCUUGUGCAUCGAACAUGGUAAUCGCAAUUUAAACACAACACAAAACGAGACAAAACAAGAACAGCAACCAAAACAUUAA